AUGUCUUACGUAGGACCCCGCGGUGUCUGGGUAUUAUUCGCUUGUUCAUGCGAGGGUGGGGGUGAUUUAAUACAAGUAGGGGAGGGCGAAUAUGUGGAAAUCGUAGUAAAGCAGCAAUCGAGAAUUUGUACGCAUUGCAAUCAGAAUGAAGCAAAUGGCACGUACACUUCAAUCAAGAGGGCCUUUAAUAAAGAGGCAGAAAUGAUCACCAAGGCUUACUUUGAAGCUUUCGACAAUCUGGGCCGCUGGGGAUUAAGACCAAAAGGAGAAGGCCAUGAGGAUAUUCGUAUCAGUGGAAGAGUUUGCUGGAUUAGGAGGUUACAAGAAGGCUUGACGGAUGCCGAACGGAAUCAGCCUGGUUUCGUGAAACUGGGUAGCAAUCAAACAGUUCCGAGACCGGAGUUUCGUUUUGGAGGCCAAGCUCCUGCCUUUUUGCCUCGAAUAGGUACUUCCAAGCGGCGACAUGAGUAUUUGAGCAAUAUUCGAAACGCCCAAACAAAAAUAUACUACAAAGCUGCAAAAGCUCAGGCCGAUCUAGAAGCAAAGGGAUUUAUGGCUCUAGGCGAGUUUAUCAAGGUAACUGAGAAGAAAAAGGAGAAACGCAUCAAGAGCGAUGACUACAUCGAAAUGGUUCCAAAUUGGGAUUUUUUGAAAGUGACAGAUCGACCUGUCGUCGAUCUCGUAAAUAUAGUAUGGGAAUGGAAAGGCGGGAAUUUUGUGCAAGUUGAGGGAAUGGGAGUGCGGGUUCCCUCAGUGAUAGUCAUGGGGUGA